AUGGUGCUGGGGAAGGUGAAGAGUUUGACAAUAAGCUUUGACUGUCUGAAUGACAGCAAUGUCCCCGUCUACUCCAGCGGGGACACAGUCUCAGGAAGGGUCAACUUAGAAGUAACGGGGGAAAUCAGAGUGAAAUCCCUGAAAAUCCACGCGAGGGGACACGCGAAAGUGCGCUGGACCGAGUCGAGGAACGCGGGAUCCAACACUGCCUACACGCAGAACUACACCGAAGAAGUGGAGUAUUUCAACCAUAAGGACAUCCUGAUCGGCCACGAGAGAGACGAUGACAAUUCAGAAGAAGGCCUUCACACCAUCCAUUCGGGAAGGCACGAAUAUGCAUUCAGCUUCGAGCUUCCACAGACACCACUUGCUACCUCAUUCGAAGGCAGACAUGGCAGUGUGCGCUAUUGGGUGAAAGCUGAAUUGCAUAGGCCUUGGCUUCUACCAGUAAAAUUAAAGAAGGAAUUUACAGUCUUUGAACAUAUAGAUAUCAACACUCCUUCAUUACUGUCACCCCAAGCAGGCACAAAAGAAAAGACUCUCUGUUGUUGGUUUUGUACCUCAGGCCCAAUAUCCUUAAGUGCCAAAAUUGAAAGGAAGGGCUACACCCCAGGUGAAUCAAUUCAGAUCUUUGCUGAGAUCGAGAACUGCUCUUCCCGUGUGGUGGUGCCAAAGGCAGCCAUUUACCAAACGCAGGCAUUUUAUGCCAAAGGGAAAAUGAAGGAAGUCAAACAGCUUGUUGCCAACCUGCGUGGGGAGUCCUUGUCAUCUGGCAAAACAGAAACCUGGAAUGGCAAACAGUUGAAAAUUCCACCUGUUUCCCCUUCAAUCCUUGACUGUAGUAUAAUCCGUGUGGAGUAUUCACUGAUGGUAUAUGUUGAUAUUCCAGGCGCCAUGGAUUUAUUCCUCAACUUACCACUGGUCAUUGGUACCAUUCCUCUACAUCCAUUUGGUAGCAGAACAUCAAGUGUGAGCAGCCAGGGUAGUGUGAAUGUGAAUUGGCUUGGUUUGACGCUGCCUGAAAGACCAGAAGCACCUCCUAGCUAUGCAGAAGUGGUCACAGAGGAGCAAAGACAGUCCAGCCUUGCACCCAUAGGUGCUUGUGAUGACUUUGAGAGAGCGCUUCCAGGACCAUUGUUUGCAUACAUCCAGGAGUUCCGUUUUCUGCCUCCACCCCUCUAUUCAGAGAUUGAUCCAAACCCAGAUCAGCCCACAGAUGACAGACCAUCUUGCCCCUCUCGUUGAAGGAACCCUUAAAAAGCUGACUUGACUUGGGUUCUGAAUCACACCUGCCGUGUUGAAGGUCAAGGAGUUGUAGUGGAGACACACUUUCAAGCGAAGUGGUUUUGCUCUUGUCUGUAUGGUGAAUAAAUGAAAACAACCUGUGAUCACGCUUUGAAGCCUAUGGUAACAUUGUAGGACUGCUCCACAUGCUUGAAGACCUGAGCUUUUUUUCCUGUUUCCCCCUUAAAUACUGGCACAUAUUAGGAGCAGCCUUACUAACCUACAGUCAUGUGUGUCAAAACACUCAAACCACAUUGUAAGAGAGGGAUGGCUUCCUCUUAUGAUUUGGAAAUUUGCACAUGCUCAUUGCUUACGUUGUGCGGUUCAGUGUCACUACAGCUUUUUCUCAUUUAUGCCGGACUGUUGUUACCCCCUUCUUAUAUGUUUGUGGUCCGCACAAUAAGGAGCAAAAGAAAGCUUUGACAAAAAAAACAGCAGCAACAACAGACUUUGACAAAUGCACUGACUUUCCUUUUUUUAAUUUAAUGUAGCCUGGACUUUACCUGCAUAUGCACAUGCUCAGAAUUGUCCUAGUAGGCUGAUCAUGUAUCACCUCUUCAGCUUGGAUCCUGUUGUGGAUUUAUUUACAAACAUCAAAUGCCUUCAAGCCAAUCCUUUUUGCUGUAUGUUUUGCAGCCUACUGUAGUAGAUAAGCAACAGAUGUGGGGAUAGGGUGGAGGGUGGAGAGUUAAUAGAAAGAAACUAAUAGACUGCAUCAAGACUGUAUACUUUCUUGAUUUCUUUUAAGAAUUUGUUGCCUUUCUACUAUUAUUGCAAAGCAGCAUUUUGUUACAGACUGCCUAAAAAUCACUUAAUCUCAGGUGAACUCAUCACUUGCCAAACUGUUGGAAUGCUAUUUGUUUCAUUAUGUUGCACUGUUGAGUUAC